AUGUCACCAAGUAUGCGACUAACCCGAAAACGAGCUGUCUAUCUUGUGUUAGCGACGUGGGCCUUCAGCAUAUCCAUGGCCCUGCCGCUCUUUCUCGUUUCGAGGAUACAUGUAACCGAUGGCAUAAAGCGAUGUGACGAGGACUGGGCCCCUGUAGAGGCUGUUGUACCAGGAUCCCGUCGACUCUAUUCGUACCUUAUCCUGGUGCUGCAAUAUGUGGUGCCACUCACGGUGUUAAUCAUCACCUACACGUUCAUCGGGAUGAAAAUGUGGAACAGUCGAAUUCCUGGACCAACGAGUUUGACGACGAAGAAGGUGGUGAUGGAGAGGCACGAAAGUGUGAAAAAGUUAUCAGGCCGUCUUCAAGCAGAGCCGGAGCGAAUUGAAACCACCGACAUAGCCGUGUCCUAG